UCUCGUCUUACGAAGGACCAUUGCCUCUGACAUUCACCCGGCGUACCCAGGGACGAGAAACUUAAGAGGAGGGGAGCAUGUCGGCAUUUACACCUACGCAGAGGCAUCGCGCCAUUGGCCUGUACAAGCGCCUGCUGCGCACGUCGCAGCAGACAUUUGUCAAUGACGAGGCGACGAUGCACGCCUGGCGGCUCGAGGUGCGACGAAAGUUUGACGAGGCCGCCCGCACCCAGACGGACAGCGCCGCCAUUGACCAAGGCUUGAAGGAGUGGGACGAGGUCGUCGAUGUGCUGAAGCGCAACGUCGUCCAGGGCAAGCUCAACGAUGAGUCAAAUGCCUACAGAUUGCGAUUGACCAAGGACACAGAGCUGGGCAACAACGAGGACGACUACAAGAAGAAGAAGAAGCGAUGGGACGACUUUGCGGCCUCGAGCAAGAGUGGCAGCCCCUCGAGAGUCAUGUGUGGCGGUGCCACAGCUGCAGGUGCUGGUGCUGGUGCGCCGAGUGCCAGCCGCGGGUUCCACACAUGCGCCCGAGCAUUCAAAGAGGCCGAGCGGCACUUCCCGAGGCCGAUCCCGCAUUUCCCUUCGACGACGAUUCUGGCAGACGGAUCGUCAAUCACGCUCUCGACGACGUCACCGAGGAGCUCUGUGAGGCUGACGAGGGACCCAACCAACCACCCGCUCUGGAACCCGGGACUGGAGCGGCGCGCGGGCGGCGACGACGAAGACGAGAGCGGGCGUCUGGGCCGAUUCCGAAAGCGCUUCGGCGGUGCAGAGGACGCUGUUGCGGCAGAGUCUUCGGGUGACAAGGGGGCAAAGGGGAGAAACGCGUUUGGAGAGCAGGAUCUCGACUGGAUGAGCGUCGGUGGAAGGGAGGCCCGGGCAGGCAAGCCACUGGCAAACAAGAAGGGCGCAAAGGGCAAGGGGAAAAAGUAGAUAAUUGGCUAUUGAACGACGAGCAAAUUGCGACGACAGCUGUAUCGUUUCGCAUAUACAUACAUCAAGCAC